CCAUUAUCUUAAAGAACAUGAUUAGAUUUGAAGAGGCUUUGCGAUAUUAUGAUUUAGCUAUUAAGAAAAAUCCAGAAUAAGCAGAUUAUUAUUAUGGCAAAGGUAAAAAGGUAGUUACAUAAUAAUAGCUGAUAAUCUAUAAAAUAUGAAUAGAUUUGAAGAAGCAUUGAAGUAUUUCGAUUUAGCUAUUCAGAAAAACCCAGAAGAUGCAGCUUUUUAUAACUGCAAAGGUAUAAAUGAAUGAUGGAUAUUUUUAGCGAUUACCUUAUACAAGAUGAAUAGAUUUGAAGAAGCAUUGUAAUAUUAUGAUUUGGCAAUUUAGAAAAACCCAGAAAAUCCAGAUCAUUAUAAUGGCACAGGUAUAUUUUAUUGAUGUGUAUUUUUAAGCCAUUGUUUUAUUCUAGAUGAAUAGAUUUGAAGAAGCAUUGAAUUAUUACGAUUUAGCUAUUCAGAAAAACCCAGAAAACGAUGAUCAUUAUAUUGGCAAAGGUAUAAAAUAUUCAUGUAUUUUUCCUUAGCGAUUGCAUUAGAAAAGAUGAAUAGAUCAGAAGAAGCAUUGUGGUAUUAUGAUACAGCUAUCCAGAAAAACACUUAAAAUUCAGAUUAUUAUUAUGGCAAAGGUAAAAAGUUGUGAUAUAUAUUUUCUUAGCGAUUGCCUUAUAAAAGCUGAAUAAAUUUGAAGAAGCAUUGAAGUAUGUUUUUCAAAAAAAACCAGAAAAAACAGAUUAAAGGAGUAAAGGUAAAUUUAACCUUUUAACUUCUAGUUACAGCUGAGGCAAAAAUACAAUAAAACUAAUAAUUUUAAGUUUCCAAUUAUGAAUCUAUUCAACAUAUUUAAGAGGAUCUUAUUUGA